UGGUGGCUGUUCUAGUUUCUCAAGGGCCCCCUUAGUGUGAUCUCCUCGGAUCUGAUUGGAUUCUUUUUAUUUUGGAGAUUCUUUUUCGUUGUUGUGCAAGUUCAGACAGGAGAACCAGAAAGCUUCAGUCUCAGGUUUUCAAAAAUGUUGAACCACGACAGAGAUGAAGAACUCUCUAUGUUUCUUGAGAUGCGUCGACGCGAGAAAGAACACAGAGGAGAGUCUCUCUUAACAGGAUCUGAUAAUGUUAGUAUCAACGGAGCGUUGACGACUGCUGUGUCCGCGGCGCUCUCUGGUAUCUCCGAAACGGUGUCGUCUCAACGUUAUCCUCUCCGGAGAACCGCCGCUGAGAACUUCUUGUACUCUGAGAAUGAGAAAUCUGAUUACGAUUGGCUGCUUACACCUCCUGGCACGCCGCAGUUUGAGAAAGAGUCACAUAGGAGUGUAAUGAAUCAGCUUGAGGCUCCCAACUCUCGCCCCACGGUUCUUAAAUCUCGGCUGGGGAACUGUGGUGAAGAGAUGAUCUCAAGGAACAAUGAUAAGACACAAAUGUCCUCGGCCUCCGGACCAAGCUCUGUAAGUGGACUCAGAAGACCAUCUUCAUCAUGUAGCUCAAGGUCAACGAGCAGACCUUCCACACCAACAACAAGGUCAACGAGCAGACCUUCCACACCGACCAGAAGGUCCACAACUACAACCACCUUAACAACAAGACCUGUGACAACCACCAGAGCUUCAACCUCUAGAUCCUCAACACCCACCUCACGCGCCACCUUAACUGCCGCCCGUGCUACUUCCUCUACAACGGCUCCACGCACCACAACAUCAACCGGUUCAGCUAGAUCAGCUACUCCAACUCGGUCUAAAACUCAGCCGUCUUCUGCACCUUCUAAAAAACCUCUAUCAAGGCCGGCCACACCAACCCGCAGACCUUCAACCCCCACCGGUCCAUCAAUAGUUUCCAGUAAAGCUCCCUCUCGAGGGACUUCUCCAGCUCCAACUGUGAAGUCGUCUAGGCCACAGAAACCACCGGAGAUGCCUGGUUUCUCUUUAGAAGCCCCACCGAAUCUAAGAACCACUUUAUCAGACAGGCCAGUCUCAGCAAGAGGCAGGCCUGGAGUAGCCUCAGCACCAGGCUCAAGAUCGUCUUCCAUAGAACGCGGCAGUGGUGGCAUGGGACAUUCAAGAAGGCAAUCUUGUUCUCCUUCCAGAGGUCAGGCGCCUAUUGGGAACACCAACGGGAGCCUCCCUGGUGCACGUGUGCGAGGAAAGGCUAACAACGAUAGCUUUAGCCCUGUGGCUAUGGGAAAUAAAAUGGUGGAGAGAGUGGUGAACAUGAGGAAACUAGGUCCACCAAGGCUAACAGAGAACUGUGGUGGUCGAGGAACCUUGAAAUCUAACUCGGCUUUCAACACCCUUGGGUAUGGGAGAAACCUCUCCAAGAGUUCCAUCGAUAUGGCCUUAAGACAUAUGGAUAUAAGACGAGGCAUGACAGGAAACCUCCGGCCGCUGGUGACGAAAGUUCCGGCGUCAGCAAUGUACAGCGUGAGAAGCCGGUCGACUAGUGUCACGAACUCUCCGGUGGCUACGAGCAGCACCAUCAGCUCAUCGGAACUGAUGAGUGUGGACAACAUCAACAUUUUGUGCUUAGAUGGGAACGAUGAUCUUCUCAGCGAGAGAAGCUUUUCUUGACCUUUAAUAAUUACUAUGUAUCGUAUGUUUUUUGUUUUGUUACCAUACUUAAAUAACGUGUUUUCUAGAGAUACUGAAACGUGUCGAAACAACUCUUGAUAAUGUUUAAAGUCUUUAUGGAAUUUUGAUGAGUGUA